AUGGACGAAGAAGAAUUUAAUCCAGAAUAUUAUCAGCACCUCCUUUCAUCAUUAAACAUAAAUUCACGAGCUUUAAUAACUGAGUUAACUACCAUCGCAGAGAGAAAUGGAGAUCAGGCGAAAGUGAUAUGUGAUUUGAUAGAAAAUCGAAUCAAGAAAUGUCUACCUCAAUACAAGCUAAAUGCUCUUUACUUGUUAGAUUCCAUUUGCAAAAAUGUUGGAAACCCAUAUAAUAUCAUCUUUGGUUCCAAUUUAUAUAAUAUAUUCACGGAAACUUACCUUGUGGUAACAGACACUCCGACUAGGCAAAAUUUGAUAAACUUAUUCAAAACAUGGACCAACGCAAAGACAAUCACAGGGUCAGAUUUGUUUCCAAUAGAAGUGGUACAGAAAAUAGAACAAUUUAUAAUAAGGGCCACUGGAAUCAGCCUGAAAAACCAUAGCAUCUCAAAUGUCAUAAGUCCAGAUAUUCUAUUACGUGAAGGAAAUUACUUAUUGCAGUAUAUUAUAAUGCUUAUGAAUAAUGAUGAAAAGUUGGAGAAUCUGCCAACUGUCACACUAGAUGAAGCUUCGAAGAUUUCGAUUAAGAAUAACAAUAUAGCGAAAAACCAAUACAUCAUUACUAUCAAUCAGAUUAGCGAAAGUAUAAUGCUAGAUCCUAAGUCGUUUGAGGCCAACGUUCAAGAUUUUCAUUUAGAAUUGCAAAGCAUUAGGAAAGAAUUGGACAACCAAAACUUUCAGCAACGUCUCUUGAUGGACAAAUACUUUAACCAGGAACCUACCCCGACCAAGAACUUGAAGAUUACGAUAGACUUAACUCCUAAUGAGCGAUAUUUCAAAGGUUUGGAUCAGGAUAUUCACCAAGAUAAACUGCUAAUACAAGAAAUAGAAUCUUGGGGGAAAACCAUUGUACAAGCCUCUGGAGUAGAAACAAUCGAAGGAUCAGAUAAUCAAAAAAUAAAUAAAGAGUCAGAGUAUGAAUCGCUGCCAGCGGAGCCAACCGAAGAGCCAUUGAGUGCCAGCUUGGGCAUGGAUUUUGGAUCCUUCAAUUUCAUGGACUCUGUUCUCGGUCUGCCAAAGAAUGAAACCACUGACGUGAGCAUGCCUGUUCUCAAGAGUGCAGAAGAUUCCUACGACCCCGAAGCAUUUGAAGAAGAACCAAAAUCAAGCCUCAAGAGACCAGCAGACGAUAAACCACGCUCAGUGAAAAAAGUUCGAUUCGACGUGUAA